AUGAUCAUCGACCAAGUGAAUCAAUAUUGCAUGGCAUAUCUCGUCCUUGUUGUCAUAGGCUUAUUUGUUACAAAGCUUCUCGCGAACAAAUACGCCAAUGGUUUAAAUCAAGUGCCUGGGCCACGUUGUGAGAUUGUGUCCCAAGGCAGUCUCAAAAUCGGAUCCAGGUGUAAUACAGACAAUCUAUGGACCCGGCUCCAGCUACACAAAGUCCGAUUGCUAGUACGUCACUCACCUAAAUGGAAUCAUUCGGGCGGCUCAAAGCUUAAGUUUCAUAUCACCGUUCAGCAGACCAUCAACAAGAGCAGAGUUCCCCUCUUAACUAUUUUCACUUCAUAA